CCUUUCUCUCUCCUCUGUCCACCGUCUCUUUCUCUCCGACGUCUCUGUGGAGAAGUUCUUUUCUUGUGGACUGAAAAUCACCCGAGGAACAGAGCAGGAGGCCCGGGGAAGAUGGGAGACGAGAAGAAGCCCAAGUCGGCCACCGGCGUUUGGCCCACCGUCAAGCCCUUCGUCAAUGGCGGCGCCUCUGGCAUGCUCGCCACCUCCGUCAUUCAACCCAUCGACAUGGUUAAGGUGAGAAUUCAGCUGGGGCAGGGAUCGGCAGCUCAGGUGACCAAGAACAUGCUCAAGGAGGAGGGCCUUGGCGCCUUCUAUAAGGGACUGUCCGCUGGGCUGCUCAGGCAAGCUACGUACACGACUGCACGACUAGGAUCAUUUAAAAUUUUGACUGCAAAAGCAGUCGAAGCCAAUGAUGGGAAGCCCCUGCCCUUAUACCAGAAGGCCUUGUGUGGCCUAACUGCUGGUGCAAUCGGUGCUUGUGUUGGAAACCCAGCAGAUUUAGCCCUCAUUCGUAUGCAGGCCGAUGCCACUUUGCCAGCUGCCCAGCGCCGACAUUACAAAAAUGCCUUCCAUGCCCUCUAUCGUAUUGUGGCCGAUGAAGGAGUUUUGGCUCUCUGGAAAGGUGCUGGCCCUACCGUGGUCCGAGCGAUGGCACUGAACAUGGGAAUGCUCGCUUCUUAUGAUCAGAGUGUGGAAUUCUUCAGGGACUCCCUUGGUUUUGGAGAAGCUGCCACAGUUCUAGGAGCGAGCACUGUGUCGGGAUUCUUUGCUUCGGCUUGCAGUUUACCCUUCGAUUACGUGAAGACCCAGAUCCAAAAGAUGCAACCCGAUGCUGAAGGGAAGUUCCCUUACACCGGCUCAUUUGACUGUACCCUGAAAACCCUGAACUCAGGUGGACCGCUGAAGUUCUACACCGGAUUCCCCGUAUACUGUGUCCGCAUUGCACCUCAUGUCAUGCUGACAUGGAUAUUUCUCAACCAGAUCCAGAAACUGGAGAAGAACAGCGGGUUGUAAUCUAUCAACUGACUUGCUUGCCGGUUCUCCUGAUACCACUCGCAGCUCGAUGUCGAACUGUUUACUUGAGUAUUUUCCAGAGCUGCAACUGGGAAGAUCUUCCACUGUUAAUAGAGUAGUAAUAGCAGCAACAUUCAGUUGUAAAAUUUGGCUGAGCUGAACAGACCGGACGAACGGGAUUCACCAUCUGGUACUAUAUUUGAGAGUGAAAUGUUCGAUUGUGGUUUGUUAUAAGUUUACUUCAAAGAUCAUUGUUUCUUUGGUCCC